UUUAAACUCAUACUGUAUAAAUAACAACAAAAGAAAGUGUUCUUUCUCAAAAACAAAUCAGAUGGAACCUCAAAUUCAUCAGCAACUUUCAGAAAACUUAAACCAUCAAAUCCAAGAAAACCCAACUCCAGACCCAAUUCACCAGAAAUUUCCCUACAAUUUCUGGGGUACCCUUAAAGAAAACCUCAGUUUCAGGUCAAAAUGGGGGGAAUUGAAUGGUGCAAUGGGAGAUUUGGGCACUUAUAUCCCAAUAGUGCUGGCCUUAACAUUGUCAAGAAAUCUUGAUUUGGGUACUACCCUUAUAUUUACAGGUAUUUACAACAUUGUUACUGGUGCAAUCUAUGGCAUACCAAUGCCGGUUCAACCUAUGAAAUCAAUUGCAGCAGUUGCUAUUGCUAAUCCAGAUUUUGGGAUUCCAGAGGUUAUGGCAGCAGGGAUUUGUACAGCAGGAAUUUUAUUUGUAUUGGGUGUUACACAAUUGAUGCAGCUUGUUUAUCUGUUAAUUCCUUUAUCUGUUGUUAGAGGGAUUCAGGUUUCACAAGGGUUGAAAUUUGCAAUGGCUGCUGUUAAGUAUAUAACAAAAGAGCAGGAUUUUGCCAAGUCUAAGAGUGUAGGUGACAGGCCUUGGUUGGGUUUGGAUGGUUUGUUAUUGGCUAUUGUUUGUGCAUGUUUCAUCAUUCUUGUGAAUGGGGCUGGAGAGGAUAGACAGAAUGGUGGUGGGUGUGACUUGGAAUCGAGUGGCGAAAGCGGGGCCGGUGCUGGUGGUGGUGAUGAGAUGGAGAGGAGGAGGGGUUUGGGAAGUAAGGGUUUUAGGAGGGGUUUGUAUUCACUUCCUAGUGCUGUUAUGAUCUUCUUGUUAGGGGUAAUUUUGGCAUUUGUAAGUGGACCUAAAGAAGUGUUCAAGGGUUUCAAAUUUGGACCUUCUCCUAUUCAUGUUAUAAACAUCUCUAAGGAGUCUUGGAAACAAGGGUUCAUCCAAGGUACAAUCCCACAAUUGCCUUUAUCUGUGUUAAACUCGGUUAUUGCGGUUUGCAAGUUGUCAUCAGACCUUUUUCCGGGGAAGGAUUUUUCGGCGACAUCACUUUCUGUGACUGUUGGAAUGAUGAACUUAGUUGGGUGCUGGUUUGGUGCUAUACCGACUUGCCACGGAGCUGGUGGUCUCGCGGGGCAAUACAAGUUCGGGGGGAGGAGUGGAAUGUGUGUAGCCCUUUUGGGCAUGGGAAAAUUGGUAAUUGGUGUUGUUUUGGGGAGUUCAAUUGUCAAAAUAUUAGACCAAUUUCCUGUAGGAGUCUUAGGGGUGUUACUUUUAUUUGCUGGCCUAGAGCUCGCUAUGGCUUGUAGGGAUAUGAACACGAAAGCCGAGGCGUUUGUGAUGCUUUUGGUGACUGCUGUAACCCUUGUAGGAUCAGGGGCAUCACUUGGGUUCUUAUGUGGGAUUAUCGCUCAUUUUCUCCUUAAGUUGAGGAUCUUGGACAGGCCACAAUCUUUUCCUAGAUUGUGGAUGGAAAGAAAUGCAUACUAGUUUAAAACUGGUGAAAGUAAUAUAUUGGAGUUUCUUGUUUUCUUGUUGGAUAGCCAUCGCUCUAGUGAAUUUUGGAUCGUCGCAAGCUAACAAUUUAAUUCUUUACUAUCGUAUGGUAAUCUCAAAUUUAACAAGAAAUUAAUAUUAGACGAGUGCUAAAAAGCAUUAUGUGGGAUACAAUUUUAUUUGUGGGUUCUAUUAUCUUUAUUAUGUGUGAGAUGUAUGUUGAUUGAUGAAUUUAUUUGAUUAUUGAUUUAUUUUUUUAUUAU